AUUCAAGGUAGUAUUUUGUAGGGCUACGAUAAAACUUAAAAACUCCUUUUGUUUUGUGAUUUUUUAUUCAUAUGCAAGAAUUGAAAUUGUAUUUUAUUAAAUCUGGUCUGCAGUUCAAUUGGCUAUUUAGUCCACAACAGCUCUGCUAUGUAGUUUUUUUUUAAAAAGUAAACAUAUUAGAUUCUAAUUUCAAAAUUACUCUCCUGUAGUUGUGAAGUGAAGAAACGCCCGCGAAAGUUAUAUUUUUGCCUUGAGGAAAAUUCACGAAAUGGCCCUGAAUCCUGCUUUUCUUAAGGCCACAGCUCUUCAGCAACUUCUGGAUGAAAUAAACUUUCAGCGGACAAAAGAGAUGCGGCAGCUGCUUAAAGAUGACAGCGGAUUUGUUGUUCUCCAAGGAACCACCUACUGGACAGAUUUGUUUGUUCGUCAUUUUCUUUUUCAAGCUGAGCCUGAACAUAGUAUAGAUUCCGAUGAUUUACUAUUUUUUGUCCGGAAGAAGCACGUCAAGGGAUCCUCACGCCAUAUGCCUAAGUUUGAGACUGAUGUGGAUGUGUUUCGCAAGGAUUCAAGGAAACUGCCAAUUGGUGAUCCCGACGUAGAUUGGGAGGAGACGGUGUACUUGAAUUUGGUGAUUCAUCAGUUUGAUUACAAGCUUACCCUUGCCAUUUGUACUCGGACAUCUCCGAAAGAACUCCAAGUGCUUCGGAGACACACACAGAGAGUUUAUGCAUCACCUAGUCGUCGGAAAAUGGACACAAAGGGUGAAGGGGAGGAGAUGACCUAUCCUCAUAUUUGCUUCAUGGUUGACAAUUUUGAUGAAGUCUUCAGUGACAUCCUCGUACGUGAUGGUGAAAUGGUGUGCGUAGAAUUAGUUGCCAGCGAUCGAGAUGGUUCUGUUCAGGGAGUCAUCUUUCUAGGCUCCAUUCGCUACGAUGCUUUGAAAAAGGUCUACGAUGCUAGACAAUCUAGUUUAAGCUCAAAAGUGGCACAACGAAUGAUGUUUGGGCUCUUUAGCUCAGGAGGACCUCAAACUCGUUGUGAAUUUGUUCGAAUGAAGGGCCCCCAGGGAAAGGGUCAUGCUGAGAUGGCUGUGACUAAGCCCAAAGGUUCCGGUGUGGAAACUCCAACAAGUGAGCCUGGAUUCUGUGCCACUGACAUGUGGGAUACAGACUGGGAUGAUGAGAAUGAGGAUUUUUAUACGUAUCGCCAUCAGCGUCGUCUCAGUGACCCUAGUGCUAAUCUCAAUCACUUUGCACGAUUCGCUUGGAAAACUAAGAGUGGCCAAGACGGUACAGCUGGAAGCAAGGCAAGAUCUGAAAAUGAGGGUCUCGAUUCACUGGCAAAUGAUAUAUCAGAGAUUGAAGCUGGAGACCUACGUGAUGAUCGUCCUGCUUCCUCUGCGUCGGACACAAAAUUGGCAUCUGCCACAUCAUGCUGCACGUGUUGCUUUGGCUCCAAGAAGCGAUGGAGUGACUCAGCAUCGGCACAAAUGUCCGAUGUUUAUUGUCGCACGUGCGAUGAGGCCAAUUCUCCGGCAUGCCUUGCCAAUGUAACACCCAAAAGGAGUCGUCCAAAACAUCAAAAUUUAUUGACGGUGGAGAGUGAAAUUGAGAUGCCGGGAUCACAGGAACACAAAAAGCUUUCGAUUAAGGAAAAGAAAAAAUCCCCAAAGACAUUCGAUAGUUCCCGGAAAGAGAUAAAGAAAGUCACAGAGUCGCCUAAAGGACACCGGAAGAACAACCGUAAUAAUGUGGAAGAGUAUGAAUUGGCGGACGAUGCAACCUCCCUUAAUGGGGAUUUGACUGAUGAUGUUGUAAAGAUUGGUGUUUUAAGUGAUCUCGAUCCAAGAUUAAUUGUUCGUGUGCACGGUAAGGAGGAGCUUCCAGUUGUACAGCAGAGACAGAGUGGUGCCAAAUUGUCACAGAAACUUCAAAAAAAAUUAAUUGAUCCUGCAAAAGAUCCUCAUCCUCUUAGUACUGAGGUGGAAUAUCAUGAGAAUGAAGUGGAAAAGAAAAACAACGUUAAAUCCGAUACAAAUCUCAAUUCAAAGAGAUAUAGAAAAGAAGAAAAAAAUCAAGAUGUGGGGGAUGUUUUAAAUGGGAAUUUUAAGAAAAUAUCAUGCAAGAGAUUCUACUCGACAUUCCCUAAAAGGAAACGUAGCACCAUUCAUCACAGCAUGUGGUAUAGCAGACCAAUUUCGCUUAAAAAAGUUCCCCAGAAGACAACACCCGAUGGCACUAACAUCUACUAUUGGUGUGAUAUGCCCAAAAAGUCUUCGAAAGAGCUGGAUGAUGGAGCGUACAAUCCGUUGUGGGCUAGCAAAGGAUUCACACAGACUUUCCACUUUUGGAAAGAAAACCGACGUCAGCAGUCAACGCCAUUGAAUGCAUUCCUAACAUAUGUUACCCUACCAUGGUGGAGCAUCGCAAAAGAUUUACUGGACCACCGUGAAGCGCCAAUCCUGACCUUUUAGCAAUUUCAAUUUGGAGAGAUUUUUGCACUCUUUAACUUCUCGAUAUUACGUAUAAAAAUAAGACUUAUUACUUAACUUUAUGCAAUGAUUUAUUUUAUUUUUGUGUGAUCAGAAAAUAGUCCUUAUUUGUGAUAAGAAAAAAUCGUUUUUUGGGUUAUUCAAUUUUUGAUUUUUUAAAAAAAAUUCUUUAUAGGAGAUAUUGAUAUUUAUGAAGUCAUAAGAUAAUAACAAUUAUAUAUAUUUAUAAUUUGGCGUUCCAGCCUUCAGUAAACUAAAAAAAAAAAAAUAAAAUGAACAUUACUCGGAGAA